GAGCGUGAACAUCACAGUCGUAGAAGCGUACGCGAAGCGGAUGAACACGCCGUGCCAUGUGAAGGCGACCCCCAAUGAAAUCAAAAUACAGAUUACGAAAUUCGAAUUGGAUUGUUCGCUUUUCGAAGUACAUGGAUACUAUACAAUAGACGGAUGAUAUAGAUACGUGCGUACGAGUAUUUACAGAUUCGUCCAGCCUCUGUGCCUGUGUGGACCGUGAAACGGGUUCGCCGCGUAUCGAAGCAAAUGUCAAGAGUCAGUGCAGGUGCGAGUGGAAAAGUUUCGGCCGCCUUGAACGCAAAUAGAAAUCGGAGUCCGGUGUGGUGAUCCGAUCGGAGUUCUAAAACGAAAUCGCUCGCAUUUCCAUCUGGUUUCUCCUGUCCUAAUACCGGUGCUAAUGCCAAACUAAUUAAUAAUUAGAGACAAGCGCGUGUCCGCAAUGGAUUUGCUCAACCACGGAUCUACCGAUUGACGGGGCACUAAUUCAUUUAGAUCUCAAUCAAGAUCGAGAGCUCAACAAAAAAACCCUUCCCUUGAGUAGCUCGAAGCAAUAAAUAAAGCCAUUCAAAGUGCAAUUCUAUUUAGAUUUAAAUCAAACAAAGUUCCAAUAACCAGCGUCCCCCAAGAUGCAGUCGAUGAAAGCCAACGAACUGCCGGAGAAUCCCCGCGAGACCUCCAAUCCCCUGUCGUCGCUGAUGUUCUGCUUUGCCAUGCCCGUUCUCUUCAAGGGCCGCAAGAAGACCCUGGAGCAAAAGGAUCUCUAUCAGGCCCUCAAGGAGCACAAGUCAGAUUCAUUGGGCGAUCGAUUAUGCGCUGCCUGGGACGAGGAGGUGGUCAGAAAUAAGAAUCCCCGCCUGGGACGCGUUAUGACCAGAGUCUUUGGAUGGCAUUUGGUGCUCACUGGGGUGCUGCUGUUCCUACAGGAGUUCCUCACCAAGGUCACGCAGCCCAUCUGUCUGUUUGGAAUAAUGGCCUACUUUGCCGGCGAUGAUACGGAUCUCUUCAAAGCGCAGCUCUAUGCCACCGGCCUCAUUGCUGCCUCCGUGUUCACAGUGUUCUUCGGCCACCCUUACAUGCUCGGCCUCCUUCAUCUGGGGAUGAAGAUGCGCAUUGCUCUGAGCAGCCUUAUCUAUCGGAAGUCCCUCCGACUCAGUCGCACUGCCCUGGGGGACACGACGGUGGGGCAGGUGGUGAAUCUGCUGUCCAACGAUGUCGGACGCUUUGACAUGGUACUUAUCAACGUACACUAUCUCUGGGUGGCUCCACUGGAGCUGAUAGUCGUCACGUAUCUCAUGUACAUCGAGAUUGGAGUAUCGUCGCUGUUCGGCGUGGCCGUGAUGCUCCUCUUCCUGCCCUUUCAGUCCUAUCUGGGAAAGCGGACGAGCGUCCUCCGACUGAUGACUGCCCUGCGGACAGACGAACGCGUGCGGAUGAUGAACGAGAUAAUCUCGGGCAUUCAGGUGAUCAAAAUGUAUGCCUGGGAGAAGCCUUUCGGAAAGCUGGUGGAGUUUACGCGCUUCAAGGAGAUGCAAUGCAUCAAGCAGGUCAACUAUAUCCGCGGCAUCCUCAUCUCCUUCGCCAUGUUCCUGUCGCGCAUCUUCAUCUCCACCAGCCUCAUAGCCUUCGUUCUCCUGGGCAACGUCCUGACCGCCGAGAAGGCCUUCUUUGUCACCGCCUACUACAACAUCUUGCGGCGGUCCGUGACGAUGUUUUUCCCGCAGGGAAUCUCGCAGUUUGCGGAGCUGCUCGUCUCCAUCCGCCGCCUGGAGACGUUCAUGCAUCAUCCGGAGACGCAAGUGCGCGACAAGUCAAAGAUCCAGAAGGAGGAGCCCGUGAUUGGUGAUAGCCCAAAGGCCAACGGCCUGCCGGAGAAACUGCUGGACUUUAGCGGAUUCACAGCCAGGUGGGAUAGCCAGAGCGCAGAGCCCACGCUGGAGAACAUCAAUCUGCAGCUCGGACGCCGCAAGCUAGUGGCUGUGAUAGGGCCCGUGGGCGCUGGGAAAUCCAGCUUGAUUCAGGCAGUGCUUGGGGAGCUGCCCGCGGAGAAUGGCAGCCUGCGGGUGGACGGAAGUUACUCGUACGCCUCGCAGGAGCCGUGGCUCUUCACGGGCACCGUGCGCCAGAACAUCCUCUUCGGCCUGGAGUGGGACAAGCAUCGCUACCGCACUGUCGUCAAGAAGUGCGCCCUGGAGCGGGACUUUCAGCUGCUGCCGUACGGCGACAAGACGAUUGUGGGCGAGAGAGGAGCCUCCCUCUCGGGCGGACAGAAGGCGCGCAUCAGCCUCGCUAGGGCAGUGUACCGCAGGGCAGACAUCUACCUCCUGGACGAUCCUCUCAGCGCAGUGGACACGCACGUGGGGCGCCACCUCUUCGAUCAGUGCAUGCACGGGUACCUGCGCAGCGAACUGGUGAUCCUCGUCACGCACCAGCUGCAGUUCCUGGAGCAAGCCGACCUCAUUGUUAUCAUGGAAAAGGGCCGCAUCAGCGCAAUGGGCACCUACUCUUCGAUGAAGCGCAGUGGUCUGGACUUUGCCAGGCUCUUGACCAAUCCCAAUAACGAGGACGAUACAAUGGAUGAGCUGGAGGUGGCCGUGGGGGACCAAAUGGAUCGCCUCAGUGUACCGUCGCUGAGCAGACGUGGCAGCGGCAAAAUCAGUCGCCCCACCAGCCGCAACAAUAGCUUCACUUCCCUCAGCUCCAUGGCCGAGUCGAUGGCCCAGGAGGCGGCGCUGCAGAUGGAAGAGCCGCGGGUAGAGGGCAAGAUCGGAGUGGGGCUCUACAAGGAGUAUCUGACGGCAGGCAGCAGCUGGUUUAUGAUCUCCUUCAUGUUGUUCCUCUGCCUGGCCACCCAGAUUGUUUGCUCUGCGGCGGAUAUCUUCCUCGCUUAUUGGGUCAACAAGAACAGCAAUAAGGCAGAGAUGAGCUCGGAUCCGGCGGACAUGUACUACUUCGCCGCCUUGAAUGUGGCCGUCGUGGUCUUCACCCUCGUGCGGACGAUGCUCUUCUACAAGAUGGCGAUGCGCAGCUCCACAACCCUCCACAACGCCAUGUACCGCGGCAUCACGCGGGCGGCCAUGUACUUCUUCAACACGAAUCCCUCCGGGCGCAUCCUCAAUCGCUUCUCCAAGGAUCUGGGGCAGCUGGAUGAGCUGCUGCCCACCGUAAUGCUGGAUGUGGUGCAGCUCUUCCUAAUUCUCGCCGGCAUCGUCGUUGUCAUUUGCAUCACGAAUCCGUACUACCUAAUCCUGACGCUCACUCUGGCGAUCAUUUUCUACUACAUCCGAGAGUUCUACCUGAAGACAUCGCGCGAUGUGAAGCGGCUGGAGGCGGUGGCCAGGUCUCCGAUAUAUUCGCACCUGGGGGCCACCAUCAGUGGAUUGCCCACCAUCCGCGCUUUGGGAGCACAGAAGGCGCUCAUUGAAGAGUUCGACAAUCUGCAGGAUCUGCAUAGUUCCGGCUACUACGCUUUCCUGGCCACGAACCGAGCCUUUGGCUACUACUUGGACUUGUUCUGCACGCUCUACAUCGUCAUCAUAAUUCUGAACUACUUCAUCAAUCCGCCGGAGAGUUCUGGCGAGGUCGGUCUGGCCAUCACCCAGGCCAUGGGCAUGACCGGAAUGGUGCAGUGGGCCAUGCGGCAAUCCGCGGAGCUGGAGAACACAAUGACCGCCGUGGAGCGGGUGUUGGAGUACGACGAGAUCGAGCCGGAGGGAGAGUUCGAGUCGGAUCCGAAGAAGAAGCCCUGCGAUACGUGGCCCGAGGAGGGAGAGAUUAUUGCCGAGGAUCUCAGUCUGCGCUACUUCCCCGAUCCGCAGUCCAAGUACGUGCUUCGGGCCCUGAACUUCCGCAUCCGACCAUCGGAGAAGGUGGGCAUUGUGGGACGCACAGGAGCGGGCAAAUCCUCGCUAAUUAACGCCUUAUUCCGACUGUCCUACAACGAAGGAACCAUCCACAUCGACCACCGCGACACGGCCGACAUCGGCCUGCACGAUCUGCGCAGCAAGCUCUCAAUCAUUCCCCAGGAACCGGUGCUCUUCUCGGGCAGUAUGCGGUACAACCUCGAUCCCUUCGAGGAGUACAGCGACGCCAAGCUCUGGGAUGCCCUGGAGGAGGUGGAGCUGAAGCCCCUGAUCAGCGAGCUGCCCAGCGGCCUGCAGAGCAAGAUAUCCGAGGGCGGCCACAACUUCAGUGUCGGCCAGCGGCAGCUCGUAUGCCUCGCCCGUGCCAUUCUCCGCGAGAACCGCAUCCUAGUGAUGGACGAGGCUACGGCCAAUGUGGAUCCGCAGACAGAUGCCCUCAUCCAGGCCACCAUCCGCAACAAAUUCCGCGAUUGCACGGUGCUAACGAUUGCUCAUCGCCUGAACACAAUCAUGGACUCGGAUCGGGUCCUGGUGAUGGAUGCCGGACAGGUGGUGGAGUUUGGGUCACCAUACGAGCUCUUGACCGGCAGUGCCUCAAAGAUAUUCCAUGGCAUGGUCAUGGAAGGUGGCCAGAGCCACUUCGAUGGUCUCCUAAAGGUCGCUGAAAGGGCCCAUCAGGAGUCUCAGAAACCCAAGUCGGAAUAGACCCUCGGCUAGCUCUAAGCAUACUAUACGUUGUAGUUAAUCGUCAGAUUAAUCUGUACCAAAGAUUAAGGAUGAAGGGGGCUCAGGAGAGGGCAAAUCCUCGCUAAUCAAUGCUUUAUUCCGGCUGUCCCACAACGACGCCACCAUCCACCAGCCGAAGCUGCAUUUAACUUAGUUUCUACUUAAAGUAUAACACCAUUCGCACAACUAAAACUAGGAUAAAGUUUCUCACAGAAGAGUCGCAGACAUUUAAUUUAGUUCUAGGUUAAGUUUAAGUGAUUAUGUUUGAAGAUUAAACAUUGGUUUGGACAUCGCUCUGA